AUGGUAAACGUCCAGGAACAAAACGAUACGCAAGGCGGCGGCGAGGACGGAUUAGAUGAACAAGUCGCCAAGUUAAUCCAUAAACAACCAUCAGAACCCACUGUCUUGGACGACAUCGCACGCGACUUAGAUGCAAGUGAGAAAACUGGCCCAGAUGCCAGCGAGAAUCUGGCAACCAUUCUAAACUCUCUCUUGAAAGAGAAGUUACCGGAAGAAAAGAUUCAAUCGAAGAUUGAUCUUUACCCUCGAACACAGAACGUGACUGGUCUGAGGAAGCCACUUGUAAACCACCUCAUGAUAUGGAAUCAAAUGUCCGCUACUUCGAGAACCAGCGAUUCCAAGACUCAAAAGUCGCAAAAUACACUAGUGGCAGGCGUUGUAGCCAUGAUGAAGGCAACCGACCUAGCGCUUCAAUCGGGACUUAAGGACGACAGAGAACUUGUACAGUUUGUGAUGGACGCUAUUGCACUGACACUGCAAAGCAAUCACGACUGGAACACCCCACAACGCCGAGCCAAUAUUUCGUAGUUAGAAUAACCUUGAAGGAAGUAAGCUCGAAUUACUGGUUUCUGUACAUUUAACCCAGCAUCCUGCGUGGCUGGUGUGUAAGCUGGUAAAACACGAGAUAGGUUUUAUACAAAAGAACAACACGAGUACAACUAGCAUCAUCGUGAAAUAAAUCCCUACUGGUUUAAAACACAGAAAGAGUAAGAAAAGCGACUAGGCACGACUCGAAACUCAGCAGUCGGAACUCGGAAGUCAGAAGUCAGAAUUAAGAACCAAAACCACGAUAAGCUAAGAAAGGAACAAAGACGUAAAAAAAGAUCCUCACUAUUCUCACAUCAAAAGUUGAUUAUUUUUUCAGUGUCGAGUAUAUUCAUUAUAUUUCCUUUCAGUUUCGAUGUACUUAACUAAUGUUGAAUUAUUUAAGUUAUUCUUCUGAUUUGUUCGUGCUAUUACUAUUUUUGCUCAUGCUUGUUCGGUCUCUCAUUGUCAAAAACGACUAAAGUCGUGAACAACACUGUACUCAGAUUGGAUUUUAAAAUGGUUAGAAACUUAAGGUUGUGUUUAAUGUUCACAAACGCAUACACUUGCUGACUGUAGAAUAAAUUUCUUCUUACCGCACUCGGUUUUGCCUCAUUUAAUAUUGAAUAUUUUCUAAUUUAUUGUACAGUCAGUACGUGCGUGUAUUUGUAAACAAAACACUUACCUCAGUCUCUAAUCCCUAAAUAUGUGGGGUAAUAUAUAUGUACUAAAUACUUAACUGUAUCCCACUUACCUCAUUUGGUCAUAAAUAGCCGAAUGUUAUGUCUCUAGUGAUUAAACAAGUAUUCACUGAUGUGGUCUUAUAGUGCACCGUACUGCUGGCUUUUAUACUAUGUACGGCUUGAAAUACUUCUGCCUGAAAUACGAUAUGUAGGCGAAUAAGUUUUAAAGGAAGUUAUAGGGCAUGCCAUUUCAAGGCCAGAAGUGAAUAAUAGCGAAUAAUAAUCUAUAAACACAAUUAAAGGUAUUUUAAAGGUA